UCCCAAGAAUACAGAAGGUUUCAAUUCCUAAAAUUAAAUGGAUUUCCAGAGCCCCACUUAGGAAAUUAUAAUUAUUAUUUUCCGUGCAGAACGCGCUUCUAUUGAAUUUUCCCUUUUUUAUUUUCCCAUAUGCUUUGGAUGUUCAUAUCGAUUUACUAUAAAUUAAGUGACAUUGUACCCUGACCCACGUCUUAUUUCAAGAAUUCUUCGGUGACCAAUUUCCUCAACUCUUAAUCGAUUCAUUCAAUGGCUUCGUCUCAAGCUAGUCUUCUUCUCCAGAAGCAACUGAAGGAUCUGAACAAGCACCCCGUUGAAGGUUUCUCCGCCGGCCUAUUGAACGAGAACAACAUGUUUGAAUGGAGCGUUCUGAUCAUGGGACCUCCUGGAACUUUGUACGAGGGAGGUUUCUUCAAUGCAAUCAUGAAAUUCCCUCCAAACUAUCCCUGCAGCCCUCCAACUGUGAGGUUCACUUCAGAAAUUUGGCAUCCGAAUAUUUACCCCGAUGGGAAAGUCUGUAUAUCGAUUCUUCAUGCACCUGGCGACGAUCCAAACGGCUAUGAAGUUGCAGCUGAGCGAUGGAGUGCAGUGCAUACUGUUGAGAGUAUUAUUUUGAGCAUAAUUGUGAUGCUUUCAAACCCUAAUGAUGAGUCUCCCGCCAACGUUGAUGCUGCAAAAGAGUGGAGAGAAAAUCGGGAGGAGUUUAAGAAGAAAGCUGCCCGCUGUGCUAGAAAAUCCGAGGAGUUGUUCCUUACUCAGUUAUAAUUUUUCUUAUGCUGUCAAAUUUCAGAAUUAGCAUCUAAUGUUUUCAAGAAUUUACCAAAUAUAUUUAAGAAAUAUUUAGUUAAUGGCAUUAAUAAAUUCCAUUAGUUUGGGUGAA